GGUCGGUGCGCGGGAAGCGUCGAGCGAUUUCGAGCGUCGGCGCGAGAUUCCGAGAAAACGGGGUCGAUCCGCGACGACUCCGUCGCGAGGGCAGCCACGAGCUCGCGAUGAUCGCCACCACGCUGCAUGCGCACCGCGGAGUUCGCACAGUCGCAACAGCCUGUUGCAACAUCUCGCGAAACGGCGACGUCAGCCGUUGAUCGAGUCGACCGCGAAAUGCGAAUACGCGAGUCGAUCCCGGGGGGCUGCCGUUAAUCUCCGCGCGUACGAAAUCGUGGAUACGCGUAUAUACGCCCGACGUCGUGUCGUGGCUUCGCGCGUCUAGGACGAAGCGAGUAUAUAACCAUCUUCCACGAUGUAAACACGUGAUCGACGGGGUGAUUUUCGUCAGAUUUUUCGAUGAAUUUGGCAGUCGAUCCCGAACCGCUGACAAGACAUAAAAUUGAGGACCGAGUGAUUACAUAUAUUGAAGUACUGAAAUGACAAUAAUAAUAGGAGGUGGCAUAUCGGGUUUGUCAGCAGCAUAUUAUGCUCUUAAAAAUGCGAAACUUUCAUCUGUAAUUUUACUGGAGGCUUCUAAUCGCCUGGGUGGAUGGAUACGCAGCAGAAGCUCACCAAGCGGAGCGAUCUUCGAGCAGGGACCGAGAAUCGUAAAAAUGGACGACGACCUGGAUGAAAAUCACACGCUUAAACUGGCAAUGGAUCUGCAAUUGAGUGACAAAUUAAUUCGUUUCGGGCCGCUCCACCCCGCGGUGGAGAACGAAUUAAUAUAUAAAAAUAAAAAGCUAUAUGAUAGACCACCCAUCAUCCUCACGUCGAUAGCCAAUAGAUAUGCGUUGAAACACAUCUUAAAGUUGCGCGGACUAUAUCGUCCCAUUAUAAAGAACAUAUGGAUGGACCUGAUGGUUCCUAAAGUAGCCAAAGAAGACGAAAAUGUAUAUAGUUUUUUCGAGAGAAGAUUGGGCAAAAAUUUCACGGAUGACGUGAUCAGCCCCCUGAUGUGUGGAAUCUACGCAGGAGACGCGCACGAGUUAAGUAUAAAGUGCAUCGAGCCGUACAGUAGGGUGUUCGAAGUGGAACAGGAACACGGCUCCAUAUUUAAGCUUAUGGUGAAGAAUUUUUUGGCGGAGCAAUUAUUAAAAAGGUUCUCCGUAAACAAGAACAGUGAGAAGGAUAAUGCGGACGACGGGAUUGCGGCGAGACCUACACACGAGACUUUAGCGGAGACUUUAGCGCUAAGGAUUCUAUACGGGGGAGUGUGGGGCUUGCGGGGCGGACUCGAGCAACUGCCUCAGGCACUGGCCGACGAUGUCAAGAGACGAGGAGCGAAGAUACAGACCGGGAAGAGGUGCGAGAAACUUAUAUUUAAGUCGGAUCACGUGGAACUGUCAGUCAACGGCGAGCUUCAGGAAUGUUCACGCGUCAUCUCGAGCUUGUGCGCGAAGGAUCUAGCUGAGCUGUUGCAGGAGCAACAUCCCGGACUGUCGGCAGAAUUAAAAGCGAUACCUACCGUAACGGUGGGACUAGUCAAUCUUGAAUUCCAGGGAAAUGUGUUGCCCCAGGAGGCAUUCAGCAUUUUUAUAUCUCCGAAGGAGAAUCUACCUCUGCUGAGCGUGACCUUCGAUUCCUGCAUAAACUCGGAGUCUUCCACGGUGUUGAGAGUAAUGAUGGGAGGUCCGUGGUUCGAGAAAUAUUUCGGGCCAAAUCCGUCGGAGGAACAACUAUUGUCGACGGCGAUUAAACACACCAAGAGUAUCUUACAAAUCGACGAGGAACCAGUCGCGCACAAUGUUGCCAUUCUGAAGGACUGUAUCCCGCAGUACGUCGUGGGUCAUAACGCACGUGUAAAACGCAUCUAUAAUUACAUUUUCACGCACAAUAUUCCGCUGGCAUUGUGCGGCUCUUCGUAUCAAGGUCUCGAACUUAAUGACAUCAUUCGGUUAGCCAAACAGGCCGUAACAUAAAUUGCAGAAAAGCAUAUAUAUAUAUGUAUAUAUAUGUAAUAUAUAAAAUUAUAUAAGUAUAUAAAAUUUGCCUGACCAGUCAAAGAAAUUAUUUUUAUAUUUUAUUUCUUAUUUUCUUAUUUUAUUAUUUCUUAUUUUCUUGCAUUAUAUAAAAGCCACUUCUGGAAAGCGGUGUUUUUUUCCCUUUUUUUUUUCUUAUCAAACCAUAUUAUAUAAUUUUUCAGUCGUGCAAAUUUUUAUUUUACUAUUUUAUCGUUUACUUAUUAAAAAUAAAUUUAAUCUGCCUAUUGCUUCUUUUUGUAUAGUUACAUCGUUUAGAAAUAUAAAAUAAAUUUUGCUAUUUAUCUGUAACAAAAGAUAUGUAAUCAAGUAUUUAUCUGCAAAUAAUAUAUAUGUUAUUGCAAAAUAAAGCGACGUUAAAAACGUUAA